GAACCGGUGACCUUUGAGGACGUCGCUGUCUACCUGAGCCGCGCAGAGUGGGACGCCAUUGCGGAGGGGCAGAGGGAGCUGUACCGCAGCGUCACGCUGGACAACUACGAGCUCUUGACGUCCCUGGGUUACCCAGGCCCCAAACCUGACAUUUUAUACCGGAUGGAGCGUGGGGAAGAGCCAUGGGUCUGCACAACGCAGAGCCCGGUGAGGUGGGCUGGACCCGACAGCCCCUCUCCAG